AUGAUUGAAGAAACCAAACUUGUAGAUUUCCUUCUUGAAAAGGGUGUCGAUUUGCUGAACGAGCCAUUAUCUGGGAAAUUAGAUGACAUAUACCGUCUUUUCAUCAAGUUUCUAGAAACAGAGGAGACAGCUCGCGGUAUUGGAAUGGCUGACUUUGUAGACACCCUGAAUACCCUGGCAGAAAUUUGUCCCGGUGCGAUCUCUACCAGUUGUGACAGCAGGCCUGACAGUUCUUGGCUUCACGAGUACAGAUUAGAUUCGGUGAACUUGGAACUUGUUGGCUUGAUGAGCCAUUCACUGAGGGGGGAACGCAUAACGAGCGUUGAAAUGACGAAUAUCUUGGCGCCGACACGUGGACUUGAUUUGGGACAAAGGCUUCGAGGAAUACUUGAAACCAACGCAGACGACGAAAUUGACACUCAAUUGGAGCUCCUAUUGGGCACGAAACCCGCUUCCUUUGCAUUGGCUAAGGAAAAUGCGCGAAUAAUCUUGCCCCAACAAGCAUUCAUUCCAAAUUGCAAUGACCCGAAACACACCUCUGACUUAGGAUCUGCUGCUCAGAUUAUGAAUAACAAGCUUAUUGGAUUCAAACUAUCAAAACUUAGCGCUGACGAAAUCAAAUGUAUGCUGUCCAAAAUCCAUUAUGUGCCCAAUUUAAAACCCCAGACUAAUAUUGCACUGGGAGACUGUUCUUACCUCGACACUUGUCACAAGCUUGGAAUGUGUCGGUACGUCCACUACUUGCAGUAUGUGCCAGAGGCACUUCAACAGAGUGUCCAGCAUGAAGUUGAGAAGAACAACAGUAAGAAACUGGACAGCAAACGCAUAACAUUUUAUACUCAUGGAUUUUGCACCUCCAUGGCAUCAAGAAUGCCACUUCCAGCCCAAUGGAUUCAAUGUGACGUGCGAAAAUUUGACUUCAGCGUCUUGGGCAAAUUCUCUGUGAUUCUGGCUGAUCCUGCCUGGAACAUUCACAUGAACUUGCCUUACGGCACUUGCAAUGAUUCUGAACUUUCACAACUUCCCUUGGACCUGCUCCAAGACGAAGGGAUUAUGUUUUUAUGGGUCACCGGGCGUGCCAUUGAAAUGGGCAAGAAUUCACUCGUUAAAUGGGGGUACGAAGUGUGUGACGAAAUCUCUUGGAUCAAGACCAACCAGCUGGGGCGAACCAUAGUCACGGGUAGAACUGGUCAUUGGCUCAACCAUUCCAAGGAGCAUUUGCUCGUAGGAAUCAAGGGCAAAGCGGCUUGGCUCAACAGACAGGUUGACAUUGAUUUGAUAGUUUCUUGUGCACGCGAGACAAGUCGCAAACCUGACGAACUCUAUGGGAUGAUCGAAAGGGUCGUCGGACCUCAUGCACGUAAACUCGAACUCUUCGGACGUGAUCAUAACACCCGAGCCGGAUGGAUGACUAUAGGCGACCAGUUGCAGGGUUCCUCAAUUCAUGAACUCGACGUCGAGAGAAAAUAUGAAAGGUUUUUGUCCCAUGGGUUUGAGAAAGCGCCCGUUGUAGUGUGA